AUGUCAACAUCUCCUUUUACUCUUUCCUUUCUUUUUCUUCUUUUUUCUUUUUCUUCUUUUUUCUUUUCCUUCUUUUUCUCCUCCUUUUCUUUUCUUCUUCCCUUACGUUUCUCCUUCCCUUCUUUUUCUUUGUCUUUUUAUCCUACUUACCUUUCUUUUUUACUACUUUUUCUCCUUCCUUUUUUCUCCUUCAUUUCUUUUUCUUCUUCUUUUUCUCCUUCCCUACGUUUCCACUUUUCUUUCUUCUUUCUUCUUUCUUACCUUUUUCCCUUCUUUUUCUCCUUCACUUCUUUUUCUUUUAUUUUUCUUCUUUUUCUCCUUCCCUUCUUUUUCUUCUUUUUCUCCUUUCUUUCUUUAUUCUUCUUCUUUUUCUCCUUGCCUUCUUUUUCUCUUUCCCUCCUUUUUUCCUUUUCUUCUUUUUCUUCUUCAUGUUCUCCUUCCCUUCUUUUUCUUCUUUUUCUCCUUUCUUUCUUUUUCUUCUUCUUUUUCUCCUUACCUUCUUUUUCUCUUCCCCUCCUUUUUCCUUUUCUUCUUUUCUUCUUUUUCUUCUUUUCUUCUUUUUCUCCUUUCUUUCUUUUUUCUUCUUUUUCUCCUUACCUUCUUUCUCUUCCCCUCCUUUUUCCUUUUCUUCUUUUUCUUCUCCAUUUUCUCCUUGCCUUCUUUUUCUCUUUCCCUCCUUUUUUUCCUUUCCUUCUUUUUUUCUUCUUUUUCUCCUUCCUUCUUUUUUUCUUUUCUUUUUUCUUCUUCUUUCCCUUCUUUUUCUUUUUUCUUUUUCUUCUUUUCUUCUUUUUUCCUUUUUCUUCUUUUCCUACUUUCCUAUUUUUUAUUAUUUUUUCUCCUUCCUUUUUUCAACUUCCCUUCUUUUUCCCUUUUUUCUUUUUCAUUUCUUUUUCUCCUUUUUCUACUUCCAUUCUUUUUCUCCUUCAUUUCUUCUUCUCCUUCAUUUCUUCUUCUCCUUCACUUCUUUUUCUCCUUUCUUUUUCUUCUUUUUACCUCUUUCCCCUCUUUUUCUCCUUUCCUUCUUUUUUUUCUUCUUCUUUUCCUUCAUUUCUUUUUCUCCUUACCUUCUUUUUCUCCUUCCCUUCAUUUUCAACUCCCCUUCUUUUUUUUCCUGUUUUUCUUCUUCCUUUCUUUCAACUUUCAAAUUGA